UGUGGCCAGUUGACGUUCAGACGCCGAAGGGUGCCCACGUCUGUACCGACUUAUAAAUCGAAGUGGAUAGAAAAUAGUUCGAUAAACACGGGAGUUUGAGUGCAGUGAUUAAUAUUUAUAUAAUAUGCAUAUAAUGUAUAAAGGUGUUUUUAUAUAGAAAAUAGUUGAAUAGUUACGGGUUUUUCUUUUUACUGCGGACUUAGUUAACGUCGGAGGAUGGACAUCCCGCGGCCAUCAUGCGCCCUCGUAUUGGUGUUGUUAUUUGUUACGCAUCUCUCAGAAUGCAUGAACGGUGGGAAGAUCAACUUCCGCGAGAAAGAGAAGCAGAUCCUGGAUCAGAUCCUGGGCCCCGGGAGAUACGACGCCAGGAUCCGACCCUCGGGGAUCAACGGCACUGGCUAUGCGCCAACGUUAGUCCAUGUCAACAUGUAUCUACGGUCCAUCAGCAAAAUAGAUGAUUACAAAAUGGAAUACUCCGUACAGUUAACGUUUCGGGAACAAUGGUUAGAUGAACGGCUAAAAUUCAAUAAUCUUGGAGGUCGCCUCAAAUACCUGACACUGACUGAAGCGAACAGAGUUUGGAUGCCUGAUCUCUUCUUCUCCAACGAGAAGGAAGGUCAUUUCCACAACAUCAUCAUGCCUAACGUGUACAUCCGUAUCUUCCCCAACGGCAACGUACUGUACAGCAUCCGAAUCUCCUUGACUCUCUCGUGCCCCAUGAACCUCAAGUUGUACCCUCUGGAUAAGCAGACCUGCUCCCUCAGGAUGGCUAGUUACGGUUGGACCACAGACGACUUAGUGUUCUUAUGGAAGGAAGGCGACCCGGUGCAGGUGGUGAAGAACUUACACCUACCUCGAUUCACUCUGGAGAAGUUCCUCACUGACUACUGCAACAGUAAAACUAAUACUGGUGAAUACAGUUGCCUGAAGGUAGACCUGCUGUUCAAACGCGAGUUCAGUUACUACCUGAUCCAGAUCUACAUUCCUUGCUGCAUGCUGGUCAUCGUCUCCUGGGUGUCCUUCUGGCUGGACCAGGGAGCUGUGCCUGCGAGGGUCUCACUAGGAGUGACGACUCUACUUACAAUGGCCACCCAGUCGUCAGGCAUCAACGCUUCCCUACCACCCGUGUCCUACACCAAAGCUAUUGACGUCUGGACAGGUGUAUGUCUAACAUUCGUCUUCGGAGCGCUACUAGAGUUCGCUCUGGUCAACUACGCGUCUCGCUCAGACAUGCACCGAGAGAACAUGAAGAAAGCGAGACGAGAGAUGGAAGCAGCAAGCAUGGAUGCUGCCUCUGAUCUCCUUGAUACAGAUAGCAACACCACCUUUGCAAUGAAACCCUUGGUGCGCGGCGGCGUGGUGGAAUCCAAGAUGCGGCAGUGCGAGAUCCACAUCACACCGCCGCGGAAGAACUGCUGCCGCCUGUGGAUGUCCAAGUUCCCCACGCGCUCCAAGAGGAUAGACGUCAUCUCCAGGAUCACCUUCCCACUUGUGUUCGCUUUGUUUAACCUGGCUUACUGGUCGACGUACCUGUUCCGCGACGAGGACGAGGAGAAGUGAUUCUCCGAGUCCCUGGAGAGGGGCGUGGGGCCGCGCGUGCGGCUGGUGGCGGCCGUGGUGGCGCCCUACGUGCUGUUCGUGGUGUUCUACUCGCUGUGCUUCCGCGCGCGCCCCCCGCCCCCGUCGCCCCCGCCCGCGCCUGCGCCCGCGCCCGCGCCCGCCCGUCGCAGCGCGCGAGCUCGCACGCAAGCACACCCACCCAGCCCACUCUAGCGAACUCAUCCCAUUCAUUAUCGUGACAUAUUAUAUUAUCGUGUAUUUUAAUCGACGUCUUCCUCGUGGCAGCGUUAUUCCCACUCAGUAUUCGAUGGCGUUAGUGUAAUUAGUAAAGCUCAAGUGUCUAUUUGUAUAUAUAUGUGACCCCGUGCCAGUUUAGAUCAAGCCUCCGUUUUUUAAAAUUGAAGCAGUUCAAGAAAAACGGUGAAAAUAGACUCAAAUUAUGAUUGGUCAACAAAACAACAGAACUUUUAUUCGGCACUUAUAAAGUCCCCAACUAAUUGUGUACAAACAAAUAUUUUAAUUUCCGAGAAUUACAAAUUUUCGAUAAUUUUACCAAUGAUAUGACUCCUUGUAUGGAUUCGUAUGUAAUGUAAACGUAGGUUAAGAUAUAAGAGGAACCCCAGAGGUUCCUGCAUAGUACUUUAGCCUUUAAAGUAAGGUAUGUAAGGACUAGAAUGGCACUAAUGUGUAGUGGAUGCGGGGUAUUAUUCAGUAGUUUUCACGUCUACAGUACGUGAACUGGACUAGAUCUACUAGCUAAUAGAAUUGAUCAAUUUUCAUGUCGAAAUGUUCACAGGUAUUGUAUAAACCGCUAGAGAUAAACAGCUAUUGCCUAUGAAACAGCAAAUACCAUAAAUCAUGCGAAUUUUGCUAAUUGAAAAGAUAUAACUGUUUAUCAAUGGCAGGUGUAAUUGGCCUAGUAAUGUAUCGUGUAGGUAACAUUUACAACACAUAAUAACUAUAAACCACAUAAUGUGAAAAGAAGGAAUUUAUAAAAAAACCUUAUUAAUUAUAUAUUAGAUAAGUAUUAUUAAUUGGAUAUUCUCUUGUUGGGAAUUUUAAUAUGAAUGAUUGAGAAGCUGUCAUUGGACAGACUAAAAGAGUUACCAGAAACGAAAGUUGAUAUAGUAUUGUCACAACUAGACAUGGCAAACAGGUAUGGUCAAAUACCUUUCCUACAUCAAAAGAGUUUAUUUCAACAACAAGAUGACUUAUAGUACAUAGAUUAGGUGUUCUUUCCUGACAAUGUGACAAUGUUUUAAUACUUGUAUACAUUACCGUUGUUCAAAAUGAAGUAAUCUAUGAAGUGUAUCUCAUUCAUGUUUGCGUAUGUCGAUGACAUUCUAAUAUCUAAUAUCUCAAUAUUAAAAUUCCCUGUAAGAUUCGUAGGUAAAUGGUAAACGUGUAAAUAGUUGGGCCUACAACUUUCUACACCUGUGUCGCUCAGUGUACAGUUACCUAUAUUUAAUAUUACAAUUAUAUCAUUAUUAACGAAUGAUAAGAUUUUAUCAACAUUAAUUUCUCUGUCUGUACGUAUCACUGUAAAUAUUACUUAAUGUUUCCUAAUUACAUUAUUCGUACAUAUAUUAUUAUCCCUUGAGCUAUAGUUACAAAGUAUUCCAAAACCACAAUAAAUAUUAAAAUCUUUUUCUACUUCACUUACACCAAUAGUGAAUUCAUUCUGGUCGUCCUGGAUUCAUUGAAAGUUACUUUUAACUUUGAAUUCAUGGCUCAAGGGACACCCUAAGGAUAUUCAUUGAAAUCUACUUAGAUUCUCGUGUAUGUAUCAUGACACCUUCAAAUAAAAUAUCACUAAUGCUGUGUUCGGCUAUUAGAUACAAUAAGUCGUACAUAUUAACUUAAGCACAUUCGUUUUUAUUAUGCGGCGGAGAGAACGCAUCAGUUUCAAUAACGAAAGGUUGGCCAUCAUUGGCUAUAUCGUCUUGCUUGUUCAGCACAAAUAUAAGAGUCAAAGACUCGGGGAUAACCCCUGUACGUUGUAUACUAUCAUGAACGUUAUCCUUAUGUCGACAAGGCUCUGGGAAACGAAAUAGCAUUUUGUUUCAAUUACACAAUUCUUGCUCAUUUUUCUCUUCCGUCCUUUAAUUUGAAUUUAGGUGUUGCCUACUGUGCGCAAUACUCUAAUCGCUUAGAAUUAUCCUUAAUAUAUAUUGUCGGGCUGUGACGAGGUGUAGCAUCUGCAUUAUUAUAUUAAUGUAAUUUCGUUUGCCAUUCGUUGUAUGUAAGGAAAUAUUAGCCUAUGUCCAACGCUCAAAAUCUCAUAGACGUAUUAGGCACACAUAAGUGUUACCUUUUCGUAUGUAUGUUAAUUAUUGUAGACUCAAUGUCUUAGUUGUUGCUAUGUAUACUACGAUCCGGGGAGAUUGUAUCCAGUAGUUUACUCAUACAUAACGCCACUGAUAUCUUGUGGAGGAAAUAUUAUCUGCGAGACAAGUAGACAUUAGUUAAGUUUACAUAUUUACAAUAAAUGUUUCCAUUAUUAUGACAUAGGAUAUAUGGAUGUGUUACUGUUGAAAGCAGCUUCUCGAGGUACCACCAGUCAUUCGGAGAUACUUGUAGGAUUUGCAUUCGAUGAACAACUUAUACUAAAACGAAGAUUUGACUGAGUCUAAACCGCAAAUCUUGUGGUCAAAAUUAUUAAAAACAUUUUCAAUACAUGUUGUACGCAUGUUUCUGUAAUUUCACGUUUAAUUGUAAAGUCAAUUAAAUCACUGUAUAAUAAUACAUUUUCAACAUAUCUGUCACUGUUAAGAUUUCGGUUGGUCCGGCGACAGAAUUACUUGGCAACGUAAUGACGAUCCAGGUAAAACUAACAACUAUAUAGAUCUCUUACAUGGUUACGUUGUACGGAAGAGGUGAUGUAUGAAGGAAGGUAGGAUUAAGUAACACUGUGUAAUAUAUUGACCAUAAUUACGAUUUUAGACGUCAUAAAGGACGGUUUACCUCUUAAGAUUAUACAGUAAAGGUAGAUAGUUUCAUUCGUAAGCUAUGUUGUACUCGAUUGUUAUGACAUAGCUGAUGACUGAGCUUUGUCAUCUAAUGCAUCCGAGGGCGAAUACCUCCUUCUUCUAACCAUUCCCAUUUAAUUAUAAAGAAACAUUGUAAAAAAUGAUUUUAAUAAAAUUAUACCAAAAUA